AUGCAGUACGAUGGAUUUGGCGGAUGCGUCUCGUGUGGAUCACAUGGCUUUGUGUGCAAGCAGGUUAUUGUGUCCUCCUCCUCCUCCUCCUCCUCCUCCUCCUCCUCCAUCUCGCCGUCACCACCGCCGCCCUCGCCCCCGCCCCCUGCCCCGCCGCCACCGUCGCCGCCUGGCUGCGACGGUCGCACGUGGACCCAUACGGUGAGCCAGCACGUAUACGACCAUAAUACUGAGCGGCUUACGGGCGUCACAAUCGAGGAAUGCAAGAUUGCAUGCUGCAACGCUCAGGCGCGGUACGGCUUCGUCUGCCUCUCGUUUGACUGGUUUGUAAACGAGGGGAGCAGGUGCGAUCUGAGCGACGAGGGGCCCUCUACUGUCGCCCUGACGGCCAACAGUGGAGCAUAUGACAACUACGCGCUAGUGCCCUUGCCGCCGCCCGAGGCAGGACAGGCGAACGGCGAUCCCCACCUGAUGCUGGCUCACGGAGGCAAGGCGGACUUCCGCGGCACCGACAAGGGCAUCUACAACUUCCUCUCGGCCAAGAACCUCUCGCUCAACGUGAUGACAGAGUUUGCCGACUUUUACCUGCACGACACGGACCACCCCCGACACAAGCUAGUGCACGGCUCCUUCCUCACGCAGGCGCACGUCGUUGCGAAGACCGGCGGCGGGCGCACUGUGCGCGCUUCGUACUGGGCGAGCAAGAUCGGUCCGCUCAACAUCGGGUGGAUGAACGCGACCAUCGACCGCCAGCAGGCCUUCGCGCUCGGGCCGCACACGACCAAGGUGGUCGACGAUGUCUCGCUGCACAUGGACUACUCCUCGCUGCAUGUCACCACUGGCGAGUGGGAGCUUGCGAUCACACCGCAGGCUGUCGAACGCUCGGUGGCGGGGCCCGUGCGGCGCAUCGAUGUGCAGAUGACGCCACGCGUCGCCGAAUCCCAGUUAUCCGUGCCGCCCCACGGGAUGAUUGGCCAGUCGUGGGACGGCGACAACAAGGCAGUCUUCGGUGAGGAGGACGAGUUCCCUGUGCGCGGCGAGUACACCACGAGCGCGAUGGCCGAGGGGGCUAUCGAAGGCGUGCCGACCGACUACCUGAUGUCCUCACCCUACGCCACAGACUUCAAGUACUCGCGCUUUGGCCUCAACCAUGCCUCCCCGCGCGACGUGUCCAAGCUGACCGGCCGCGUCAAGGCAGCUAGCCCUCAGGCUGCUAACGGUGCCGGCGUCGUGGAGAAGGAGAUGGAGUUGUCGGCAGGGCAGGCUUCCUGA